AUUUUAUUUUCAUACUAAUUUUUUUAGAGAGAAAAUCGAAAUCAGAAAAAAAAGAAGCCGCCCUAAUUCCUAAUUUUUGAAUGGCUAACUCACCCUCCUCUGCAAUUCAAGCCCAGAAUUCUCCUCGCAGCCGCCACCAGCAGCGGCGGCCCUCGGCGGCGGCCCGUGGGGUUCCAUCGGAAAUCACUCCUCCGAUUUCGCUGUCGGGAGGAGUUGUCGAUCAGGAACAAUUUUUAACUUCCUCUUCUACUACAGCAUCUUCUGAUUCUUAUCUCCCUUCCAUGGCUGUGGGUACAUCCAGUUCUUCGGCUGAGGACGGUGGUCCCGCCUCCCAGCUCGACAACAGUGAGAAUAAUUCCGGUGCAGUCAAAAAGCCCGUUUGGAACAAACCUUCUAACGAGACGACAGCGGCUGCCGAUGUUGGUGUUGUGAUGGGUGCCAUGUCUUGGCCUGCUCUCGGAGAGUCUCUCUCCGAGCCGCCUGCUGCUCGUGCUUCGCCUAAAUCUUCCUCUGCACAUUCUCUUAAAGCUCUCUCCGUUGGAUCAAUCCCUCUAUCACAGGAGUUGGGCGUAGGCUCUUCGUCUUCGCCUAAAGAAGUUAAUACGAGCCUCUCAUCACCAAAUUUAACUUCAACCCAUGUGGUCCCUGCACGCCAGAAAUCCAUGAAGCGUGGCGGUGGCAGUUCAAGCCAAGGAAGUAUAUUGGCCGCUAAUGAUACUUCAUCUCAGGUAUCACCUAUGCAAGUUGCUAUGGUUGAAGCGCCUUCUCCUAAUUCAGGAAAGUCCAGUGUUGGGGAAUUUUCUAGAGAUAGGGAUGUUGGGCAGAGGUCUUAUCCUUUUAGAAGAAAUAAUAACGGUCCACAACCACGAGGAGAUGGUUCUUACCAUCAUAGCCAUGGUGGAAGGCGUGACAAUCCUAAUCGAAGUUUUGGCAACAGAGAAAGCCAUGCACCUCAACAAAGAGUUGCUUCUAGGCCCUUCACGCGUGGACCAGCUCCUAGUGCACCUCUCGUUACUCCUCCGCCCCCACCUAUGCGCCCCUUUAUAUCUCCCAUGAUUUACACAGAAAUGCCAUCACCGCCAAUGUAUUAUCUUCCCCAUACUUACUUAGAUCCAUUUAGGCCUAUGGUUCCAGUUCCACAAAUGCAUGUUAACAUGCCCGAUCCUCAACUGCCUUCGAGGAUAUUGAACCAGAUAGAUUAUUACUUUAGUAACGAGAACUUGGUAAAAGACACAUUUUUGCGCCGAAACAUGGACAACGAGGGUUGGGUUUCAGUUAAGCUAAUAGCAGGCUUCAAGAAAGUCAUGCAGCUGACCGACAAUAUUCAGCUUAUAUUGGAUGCUGUACAAGCUUCAAAUGUGGUGGAAGUUCAGGGUGAUAAAUUGAGGCGCAAAGGUGAUUGGAAUAGAUGGAUAAUGACGCAUGUUCCUAGUCAGAAUAUGCCUUCAAUGAUUCCCAACAGUGUUACACUGAGUGAAAAGGCAGCCACAUAGAGGCAUGCAUGAUGCCUUAUGUUGUCUGAGAAUGUGAGACCGUCACAAUCUAUGAUGAUAAACAAGCCUAUCAAUUUGUUCGGAAAGUGUAUCCAUCUUCCGUAGUGGAUACACUUAAUGACAAUCUCUCUCUUUUGUUUCUCUCUUUUUUUGUUUCUCCCUCCCUCUCUUCG